CUGGACAUUAUUUGUUCACCUAUUUCCACUGGCUGCCACGUCAUGUGUGCAACAGUUUCUCCAUAAUGUAAAAACAGGUGUGUGUGUGUGUGUGUGUGUGUGUGUGUGUGUUUACCUUUUAGGCUUCUUGUUGAUAAUUCCCAUAACUACCAGCUUCAUUGAAGGCCGCAGCCCGCCCUUUAUCUCUCCGGUGUACUCCCCCUGUGUGAAACAAAAAGAGGUGAGGAGGAGAUGAGGGUGAGGAUGAGGCCUGUGCUGCUCAAUAUGACAACACUGAAGCUUUUAUAGAGGGACGCUUCUUCAUCAUGCAUCCUGAUCUUAUGUUCAUCUAAGUGAAGCUGCCCGAUCUGAACAAAAGCUUCAGUCAACCACGUUUUUAACAAUCCGUGACUCAGCUGGACAAACUAUCAAUGCAACAGUAGUGAACCCGGUGAGUGAAAAUGCGCAGAAAUUAUGUUUUUCAUGCAGCAAAGGCGGAGAAAAGCGCAGCUACAUACAUGCUCUUUCUUGUCCUUGUCUUCCAUUCCACUCAGGGCGUGAUGCGGUGUGGAGGUUUUCGAAGCACCGAUGCCAACUGAAGAGGACUGAUCGACUCUGCCUCCAGCUGGCAAACCCCGCCUGCACCACGUUGUCAUAGAGACAGGCUCCCAGUUUGGCACUGGGGGGAGAUGGGAGACGGUGAGAGAGGGAGGGAGAGAGAGGAAGGGGGGGAUACAUUAAAAAGAAACAAUGAGCUGAAUGUGCUGCCUCCCUCUAAAGUCAUAACAAAGCUUCAGUAUUCCUCUUUUUCAAUUAAGGCGCAACGACGUGAGAGUGAACCUGGUGCUGCCUUCAGGGACACUCUGUUAAUUUGUAUGGUGGCCGAGAACCGCCACUGCUGCAAAUAAAAAAAGAAUGCAAAAAAAGAAAAAGAAAAAAGAAGUAACAACGAAAGUUACUGAUGAAAUAAAAGAAAGAAAGAAAGAAAGAAACUGAAGCUCGCUGCAAAUAAAAAUUUACGGCGCAAAAAUAAGUGUCAAUGCAAAAAAAAAAAAGGCCACAAUGGAAGUAAGCUGUCGGGGACCAAUAAUGAUGAUGCAUCAGUGUUUUAUGAUAAAUAAAUAAAUAUAUUUGUUAAAUUUUAAGGGCAUUUUUAUUUUUUUGUUUUUCAGUAGUAAGUGAUAUAAAUAUUUCAGCUCCAAAAAAAUAAAAAAUUUCUGGCCAUAAAUUGUGGUUUCAGGCGCUAAAGGGAUAAGACAGGGGAGGUAAGUUGGCAAGGCAAGAAAGUUAAUGCACCUCUCUACCAAAACUAAUCCCAUUUUUCUUUAUCAUAUCAUUUUCACAAUUAAAUCUUCCCAACAUCUUCUCACUACAGUCCCCAUCAUCUGUGUUUUCCACUUACUCAGUGUCGGAGCUUGGGGUUCCUUCCAAAACCUCAGAAUAGUCUGUGAACAUGUAAUUAGGCCUUUCUUUACCUUUUUUACCUGUUAAGUGCAUUUCUACCUUUUUGUCGUGUCUAAAUCCUUUCAUGCAGAAGAAAAAAGAUGACUUGGAUUGAUCUAACACUUUGCAAACAACAGAAUAGUAAAUAUUAUUCAGACGUGGUUAUAGUCUGAUUUGGCAUAUAAGGCAUUUCAGCAACAAGGCAACUCAAUCUGCUUUACACGAGAUAUUAAAGGCACCAUGACAAGAGGACAUAAUUCAAGCAAGUUAUGAAAAAGCCAAGAGAAGUUAAAAAAAAUAGAUCAAAAGCUGAACAGUAGAAUGGAAAAGAUGUUUAUAGCUUCUUCACAGGUACAGGACAGUAGAGUAGGGCUACAGUGGAAUUUUUGUGAUACAAAAAUGUUAUAAAUAUGAUCGCUAAUAACUUGUUUUAGUGUCAUGUUCAAGGGGCAACUUUUUCCAUAUCUUUGGUUUGCCUGCAUGAGUUUCUCUUUUUUCUCAAAUGCACAUGAUUACAUUCAUAUUUUCCCAACCAGAAAUUACAACCAGACUGAAAAAUAAACAAAUCUCAGACCGAGGUCCACUCCUUUUGUGGAGUUGUACCAGCAUCCCACGCACGCUGAGUUUGCAGAGUUGCCAUGGUAGUGGAGCUUUGGGACUUCUACAGUCAACUGAAAUUUUUAGCCAGAAAAAUGGAAAAUUUAAACAUCUGCAGUUUCCCAGCAGCUGAGGAAACUCUCUCUGCUGCUGAGUCAUAGUUUAACUAGACUACAGAGCCUUUUUUAAAAUUCAGAAACAGAUGGUUUGGACAUUUAUUUUUGCAUGUUUUACCUACGAUGUAAGUGAUGAUAAGUAGUCCCCAAGUGUUUCCUUAAAGGGAUAUUCCAGCAUAAAAUUAAUUUAGGGUCAAACACACCGUAGAGAGAUGAAUGUUGCAGACCGCUUGCUUCUCUUGUUAUACCAACUUUAGUAACAACUGCAGGAUAGCAAUACACAAUCCGUAUACUGAAGGAAGGUGGAACCAAGUCGUCCAUUGUAUAUACAGUCUAAGGUUUGAUCUUAACUUUAUUUUACGCCGGAAUAUCCCUUUAAAUCAAAGAAUACUCAAGCUGUUUACCGCAAGCGCAACUUAUUUAAAGAAAAAUGUAUGAAUAAAAUAUACCUUUAAAACUGUGUAAAUAGUUUUAAGCUCCAAAAAUACACGUAGAAAAUUUAAUAAUAAAGUUAAUAAAGUUCACUUUUUAGACUUUUCGUUUCGUUUAUGAAUCCCUGUGAAUAUUUUCCGACGGUCCCUGAAAGCAGCACUUGAAUUGAAAAAAACGUUCUAGAACGCCCACUGUCCUCCACCUCGUGCCAACCUUUGACCAACCAGCGUCGGGGAAUCAGCUGAUUCUGUCACAUGACCUACGGUAACAUGCACCUAGCCGCCUAUUAUAAAAGGUCGGCAGAAGGCAGGGGCGACGAGUGUAAAUAACCUCCAUUUUAGGGGGAAACAGCCUAAAGAAACAGGUAAGUAAGAACAUUUAACGAUAUUUAUCUCUGCGGUGUUCAGCGGUGUGUUGGUAGUUGUAGUUCCGGAAGUUAGAGUACUUUAUGUUCCAGCAGGAGGCAGUUAGCAUCACUGGAGGCUAAUGCUAAUGCUAAGAGAGAGAGCUGUCAAAUCUGGGAAAACAAGAAUGACUAAACAGGAGACGAUGAUGCUUUAAAAAUACAAUAAAACAUGAUUCAGAUGUUGGUGACUGACAACAGCUGCUCAGAUGUCGGUUGUUUUGAUCAGUGUUUGCUUUUCAACGUGCGUGGUUUGUUUGUUCAGAGAAUUAAAGGGACAGAGGAUCUCCAACCAAAGAUUCACAACAAGACAGUAUCAUAAAUGAGAUAAACCAAGAUGUUUCGAUGAAACUGAGAGCAGUAUGUAAGAUCUUUUAACAGAGUUAAAACCAUAGAGAUUGUGACAGUGAAAACAUGAUAACAGUACAGCACCACUGACAUUAAACUCUGAAAACCCUGGAACAUGUAUGAAAAACAGUAGGGGAGAGUGGGGUAAGAUUAGCCUAUUUUCAUAUUUUAGAUCACUACAUGAAGUCAAUCAUAGUUUUGUCUCUAACUAGUGUAUUUGCAUAUAUCAGUCUGACAGAAUAAGUGUAAACGGUCCAUGUAUUAUCGGUCUAUUCAAUUAUUUCAUUCAAUCUAGUAAAUUAAAAAAUGAGUCAAUAUUUUGUUUGUUUUUCUGUAUAAACAAAUAUUAAAAAAUUAGUUUUUGUUUUCGUAUUUUCAGUUUAAAACAGAAUAUGUAAUAGAGAAGGAAAUGAAGAUGAAAUAAUAAAUCUUAUUUAUAAUUAUUGAUUUUGAGUGUGCCUGUUUUGAACAUACAUGUAUGGGGGCUGCAUUGGCCUUCCCAUGAUUCUCAGCGACAGUUACCAUGGCGAAAGAAAAAGACAAAAUGUUUAAUGUUUGAAUUGCUAAACUUGAUUUGAACUUGAUGCUGCGGCACGUUUCACAAAAGCUGGGACAUUAAAACUGAUUUAGAUGAAGCUGUUUUCAUCCCACGGUGGGGAAAUUUACAGUGUUAUAGCAGCAAAGGAUCAGCGCAAUUAAACUGAUAAUUAUAAACAGUUAACUUAAAACCAAUAUAGGGAAUGUUAAAUACAAAACAGAGGGACAAAAACAACAAUAACAAAAAAGAAAUGGACACGUUAUUAUUGCCCAUUGUUUGAGUUAUACCUUAGAAACAUGCAGGUAUUUACAAUUGCAUUAAAAUAGUCGUCUGUCUGUAUUGCUCAUGGAGGUAACACUCAGUUAUUGUCUGUUAGUUGUGCUAAAAAAAACUGGACUACUGUGAGCAGGCCUGUUUAAUCAGUCUGACUGCAGCAGGAAGGAAGGACUUGUGGUUUCUCUCUGUCACUGAAGGAGCUGUUACAGAGCUGUUACAGUGUUGUUACAGCGCUCUGCAGGGGGUGAGAAACAAUAUCUAUGAGAGCUUAGCCAUGUCAUCCUCCUGUUCCCCAUCACCUCGACAGGGUCCAGAGGGCAGUCCAGGACAGAGCUCGCCUUCCUCACCGGUUUGUUUAGUCAAACUGAACAAUUUAUCAGCUGAUUAUGAACCAAAGGGCAGAAAAUAUUUCAACGCUCUGAAGUUAAAUUUGAUUAUGUCCGAGUUAAUGAAGAAACUGUGAUCGGAAAAUACCAGAAAGAUGCUUCAAAUGUGGAAAAUGGAGAAGUUUGUCUGCUACAGGGAUAGAGAUAAGCAACAGUGACUUUAAACCAUAACUUUAAAUACAUAAAGCAGAUUUACAUAAACAUGUUUCUACAUUUUGAGCACAAAGUUUCUUUUUUGGCUUUAAGCUCAAAUUCCUCGUAAAUCUCCGAACUCAGCCAGUCUUUCCUCCUCAGGUGAGGUGAGCUCAGGCGUCUCUCUCUCCGCUGUAUGGAUGCCAAAGUGUCCUUCUGGCCGUGACCGCUGAGCAGAGGAGUGUCACAGUGAAGCCUGACCGCCAUGUAUCCGUUCGGCUGCGAGGCGGAGACCUCUCUCCAGGACCUGUUCGAGUACUUCAAAAGGUGCCUGCAGCACGGCGAGUGGGAGCUGGCCGGCGCCUGCGUGCCACAGCUGGUUCGGUCCACAGGAGGACUUUCGGAGAAGCUGCGAGAAAUCAUCAGAGCGAUCGUCUGUCAGCCUUACAGUCUGAAGUGAGGGAAGAAUCUGGUUUGAAUGUGGUCGUGUGGAAAGGUUUCCUGUCAGAGGUGUCUGAUAUGACGGUGUUUUUGUUGUAGAUGGGAGUCUGUGGGGAGUCCACACAAACUGGCGUGGUUUUGGCUUCAGGUUUUGGAGAAAUGGACAGAAGAGAAGGUAAACGUCUUUAACUCUGUCUCUGCUGGUCUCCCUGUGAGCCUGCGUGACUACAAACUGUGUCCAUGUUCUUCAGGUUCCUCCAAACACCAGACGGGAGCUGGAGUUCCUGCUGCUGAUGGAGGAGCUGGGGUCAGAGGGCAUACCAGGGUCAACUCUCAAGGUCAUUAUGAAAACCAGCGUCAUCUUCAAUCAGAUUAAAGGGCAGUGACACCGUUUUUAACUCGAUUUGUACCUACAGGAGCUGCACCAGGCUUUCUUAGACUCACAGAAGACCCCUGAUGGUUCGAGGACGACAGAUGAUGCGGUGGAGUCUUGUCUGCAGACUUUACUGGAGAAGAAGAAGCCCAGACUUGCUCAGAUGUUGUCUCAUUUCCUGCAGGUAAAGUCAAAUAUCUCACUUUGUCUUUUCUGAAACACAGAGACGAACAGUAAUAACCUUUUGUCUUCUCCAGGAGCAGCCGGGCUCAGAGGACCGCGGCCUGCAGCACACCUUCAUCUCACACCUGAUGAGGAAGCUCUCAAAGCCGGAGAGGAGGCCGGAGAACGUGGAGGAGUGGGCGGAGGAGAUCUACUCCGUGCUGUCUGUGAUGCCGUGGAGCUCAAAGCGAGGACAGGGGCGGCUGGAGGCGCUGUGUGAGGCGCUGUGGGCGGUCAGGGACGACCCGCUGAGGGAGGAGAGGAUCCUGAGCUCGCUGCUCCGCCCGCGAUGUGACGCUCUGGUCUCUGAAUACUGCUGCACCGCUAUGAGGCUGCAGAGGGAUCACCUGCUGAGGAGCGCCCCCCAAACACAAGGUAACUGAGGAGAAGAACUUUAUUUACAAACCCGGGGUUCUGUUUCUGCAGGUUCUGAAAGCCUCGACAGAAUCCUCGAUCUGGUCCACACACUCUUAGUGAUCUGGAAAAACCGUCUUAAGCUUAGCAGACAGAUCUCCAAAUGUGGCUUUAUUUUUGUCAGAGAACCCAGAGUCCAACAGGCAGAAUUUCAGGAUUGAUACUUAUUGAUUUAAACUUUGAAGUUAACUCAGAGUCAAACUUUACAGUCCAUGUCAUUGCUGCUCGCUGAAUCGACCCGCCGGUCUCCAUCUGCUCACAGAAAUCUGUUAAACUGAGUCUCUAGAUCUGAUGCUGCUCUUCAGCCCAGUAACGACUCUCUGCUGUCGUUUCCUGUCUCAUCACUUCCUCGUCUGAUCUCAUUUUAAUCUCUCACAGAUAUCUGAAAUCUGAGCUCGCUCCUCUCUGCCGUCAGUUUCCCCUUUUCCCUCUUUUGAUCGCACUUCUGCUUCUGUGGUCCUGACGAACUUCAUGUCACAGCUGUUUUUGAUUUUUUUUCAGCUGUAGGAAAAUUGACUUUCAUUUCCAAAGAUCUGACAUGAAGCUUCAACUUGACAAAGACCAGGGAGCGUGGACGUGUUUCUCCAUCUCAGGGAUGCUUUCGUGUUUGAAAACAAUCUUAUUUAGAUCAUAAAACAAUUCAGAAUUGACACACAGACACCAGCUGAACAAAGUGAAGCAGAGCUGAGAUGCUUUCAAAAAGAAAAUAAUAACUUUAUUUUUUAUAGCACUUCUAAAAACAGAGGUUUACAAAGUGCUUUGACAUAAAGCUCUGAACGUCGGCAUAUGGAAAUAAAAAUAAAAAGUUCAGUUGAAACAAGACAUUUUCAUAUGGCAUAAGGAACCCAGACAAUACAAGAACCCUGCAGCAUAAAAUAAGACCAUGAGGACCAAAAUAAGAUCGUAAAAUAUAUUAGUAUAUAAGUAUAACAAAAGCUAAAAAGACAGUAAAGCUGAAAUAAGUAAAAGAGAUAAAGAAUGGCAUCACAUAAAAAAAAUUCUGUUUUUAAGAUUGACUUAAAAGAAGUGUCUGUCUCUGCUGUUCGCCUUAUCUCCUCUGGCAGGUCGUUCCAAAGUCGAGGAGCUCUGAUGGAGAAAGAUCUGUCACCUUUAGUUUUGAGUCUCGACUUUGGAACGACCAGGAGGCCUUCGCCAGACGAUCUGAGGCUGCGAGUUAAAAGCUCUGAAAUGUAGCUCGGAGCGACUCCCUUACGAGCUUUAAAAUUAAUCAAUAAAAUCUUAAAAUCAAUUCUAAAACUGACAGGAAGUCAGUGAAGGGAGGCUGAAAUUAGAGAGAUGUGAAGCCGUCGACUAAAACCAGUUUUAGUUUUAGCACCUUCAUGUUAGUAUUUACAGACUGUUCCAAAUCCAAACUCUCUCUUUUUCUGUUUCUGCGUCUGUCCUCUAGUUUAGUUCGAUAUUUAAAGUGUUUUCUUGUCAUUAUCAUUCGUAACAGAAACAUUUCUUCUCUCUAGCCGAUCUUCCUGAAGCAGAGCGGCUGACCCUGAGUUUAUGUAGCUACAAGGAUCGUCCAUCCGUCUGGAAGACCAUCUACUUUGAGUGCCUUAGCAGCGGGAAACACUUCCUGGAGCAGGUUUUGGUGAGUGGACCAGGAGAAGUGGUCAUUCUGUCUUUCUAAUUUGGACUCUUGAAGGAUGAGAAAACACGGUCAGCUGACCGAGGAGGACAUUCAAUAAGGUGACAGAAGUGGUCUCUCUUCCUGUAGGUGACGGCGCUCGACCUGAUUAAACACGAGGAGUUCGCUCAGCUCAGAGACCUGCUGCAGCUGGAGUUCCAGCCUCUGUCCCGUCUGCUGUUACUGCUGGGCUGGACUCAGUGUCGCAGUCUGAGCUCGGCUCAAACGCUGCUCAGCAUCCUUCAUCGAGAGCAGGUCAGGAAACAAACACCAGCUGUUUCACUCCAGGAGGGGUUUGGAAAGUCUCUCCUGGAGUUGUUUUCAGCUCGUCCUCACUGCAGAAAAGGUCUGAAAGAAGUCCAGAUCCCUCUAUGAAUACCAAGACCUCAUUAUGGGACAAUAAAAUCAUGACUUUUCUUGAUUUUAGGGGUCAAACAGUUUAAAAAAACAACCUUUUAAUACUUUUCAUUCUCCUGUAAAUGUUUCAAACUUGUUCUGAAAUAUAAAAAGUCAUUUUUUUAACCUCAUCUCUUUGUUUUCAGGCUCCAGCCAGCGACUCUGUGCUGCAGGAGUUUGCUAACCUUCUGUCUUCUCAGCUCGGAGUUCUGGAGUGGUGUAAAAACAACAACCCGUGAGCGUCUCUCCUUUCUUUUCCCAGUUUUUCUCCGUCUGAGUAACCCUUUCUUUCUAACGUCGACCUCUUCUCUGUUUUCUUUCUUCAGAGGGAUUCCCACCGAAGCGUUGCUGUCCCAGCUCUACACCCUGGACAAUCACUCGGCCCUCUACGUUCUGCACUCCUUAACUCCUUUAGCUCAGUUUGAAGAGCGCAAGAUCCUGGAUCUGCUGCAGCAGCUGACAAACUCACCAGGAACAGGUCGGCGUCCCGAUCGCCCUCUCUCUCUCUUUUUUUUUUUUAGUGUUUGAGAUUUAACUCGAGGUUUGUUUCCUUUUACCGCAGGAGAAGAAGACGGUGAGAAGGUGAGUCCUCUCAGUCCAGGUCUGCAGAGGAACAUCAUCCUGUUCCAGGGUUUCUGUGCCAUGAAGUACGCCGUCUACGCUCUCUGUGUGAACGCGCACAAAUACUGGAGCUGCUCCGACUGUGAGUCCACGCCGCAUCAGCAGCCGUCUGAGGAGGAACCAGACCAGGAUCAAACCUCCACGUCUUCAAACGGUCUGCAGACGGUUUAUCUCCUCUGAGAAAUGAUGAAAAAAAAGAACGAUGAGAAGCAGAAGUUUGAGUUUCUUCUUCGUUUGUUUUCUUUCCAGGUUCUCCUCUCAUGUUCAAGCACUUCCUGUCAGAGUGUCAGCUCUACCUGGAGGCGGUUCCUGCCAUGUUUCGCCUCGAGCUCCUGGAGAACAUCUUCUCCCUCCUCUUCCUCUCCACUGCAGACUUCGUCCAGAAGGACCCGAACUCAAACCAGAGCUCUCAGUCCGAGAGUCCAUCAGACACGAGAACCGUGGAAUCUGAGACCAAACCAAAGACGGGCGAGACGGAGAACCAGAAGCCGAGACCGGAUUCAUCUACAGCGUCCCUCUGCGGUCACCUGGAGCUGGGACACUUCAUCCAGGGCUGCAGGGGGUUCCUGGUGGACGUGACGGCCAUGGAGGGGUUCCUGAAGCUGCUGAAGGAAGGACUGGAGGGGAUGUGUGUGGUGGGAGAGCAGGACGGCCAGGAGGGGGGACGGGCGCUGCCUCGGGAGGAGGAGGCGGCUGAGAGCCUGGGAUGUUCAGUGACGGCGGCCACGUUUGGAUCCCGUCUGCAGAGGUUGUCCAAGCGUUUGGCGGAGGCUCAGUGGAGGCUGCAGAUCAUCACGAGUAACCAGAGCGGCGGCGGCGGUGAGAUGAACACGCCGUCUUAAAUUUCUGCUCACGUUUCCUUUAGAAGUAAGAGUCCUUCUUAAAGUCUGAACGUUGAUCUUGCAGGUCCAGAAAGUCCGUUCCAGAUGUCCUCAGUCGGCGGAGCGGUCACGCCUCUGGGCCGCAGUAAAAGCUCGAGUCUGAGGAGGAGAAAGAGACACGGGAGACACUCCAUCGAGAGACAGACGUCCACGGAGAGAUGCAACGGGGAAGUGAGCACCAGCACGUCAGGUGAGGACCAGAUCCAGCUUCAUCUGUUCAUUUCAGAGACACGUUUGGAGAGCGCUCACCUCUUCUUCUUCUGUGGUAGACGGUGGAGGAGGAGCAGCAGCAGGUUCAGUGGAGUUGGAGGUCUGUCCAUGUGGCGGUCCACACAGCUGGCUUGUCCCCGCCAUGCUGUCCCCUCCAGAGUCUCUGCUCAUGUCCUGCAUCCGCCGAGGGAACUUCAUGGAGGCCCAUCAGGUCUGUGGUGGUCUCCUCAGGUUCACGGGUGUCUUUGAGACCUGAACCUGAGGACUGAGCUGAGUCUUGGUGUCCCCUCAGGUGUCUCUGGUGUUCGAUCUGGAAGCGUCCGCCUGCUGCGGCGAGCUGGUGUUCAUGGAGCGCUACAAAGAAGUCCUGGUGGAGCUGAGCCGGGUGGAGCAGAAGAUGGAGAGCCAGUCCAUGUCUUCAUCCUCGUCCUCCUCUGAAGGUCUGGGGACUCCAGCUGCGACGGGUCCGGGGAGGAGCUGGCUGGGCAGCAGCGGGCGAUCGACCCUGCAGGCGAUCGGGAGCGCCGCUGCUGCAGGUUUUUACUCUCAUGUUCGACUCUGUGAUCUAAAAUCCUGACGUUUCAAACUUCUGCUUCACUGUUUUUGAUUUUUAGACCUUAAAGGACUCUGAGGUUCCUGGAUCUGACUCUGUACCCUCCUCUGCAGGUGUGGCGUUCUACUCCAUCUCAGACAUCGCAGACCGUCUCCUCAGCAGCCCCGCCCACCCCAUGCCGUCUCUGGAGGAGAACUACUGGCUGAGCAGCUGCUCCUCAGACCCCUCUGGGCUGCUCUACACGCUGCUGGAGGAGCUCAGUCCUGCAGCCAUGGCGGCCUUCGACCUCGCCUGCUGCCACUGUCAGCUCUGGAAAACGUCCCGUCAGCUGCUGGACACGGCGGAGCGGCGGCUCUACAGCAGCCUGGAGGCUCGAGGUGUGUGGGAGUCUCUUUUUAAGAAAGUUUGAGUCAAAGUGAAGCUGAACUUAUGAAAGUUUAAGGCGGGGUCGACAGGAAGUAGAUUUGUUUGUGGUGUUUAUACAAAAAAACUUUUAAUAUCAGUCAAUAGUUAUUAGUUAUUGAUGACAUUUGGGAAUAUCAUGAUAUCGCUGUGUUCUCUUAUGUACAACUGAGUAUUAGAGACACAGUAAGAAAAAAAUAUGUAACACUUAGAGAUUAAAGUCGUAAACUUCGGAGAAUUAAGUCGUAAUAAAGUAAUUUUUUACAAGAACAAAGCCGUAAUAAAUUGAUUUCUGAUGAGAAUAAAGUCAUAAUUAAACAAUUAAGAGAAUAAAGUCCUAAUAAAUCAAUUUCCUAUGAGAAUAAAGUCCUAAUAAAAUAAUUUUUUAUGAGAGUUAAGUCAGAAUAAAUUCCUUAUAUCCGAACUUGUUGUUUAAGAUGACAGCUGUUGAAAUAAGAGCUUUGGAGCAUUUCGUGAAAAUGUACUUUUAUAUAAGUCAAUUUUAAAAACUCACUUUUACAGACUUGCCUUUAUGUGAUGCCAUCUUUCAUCUUUUAUCGUCUUUUACCUUUUUUCUUUUUCUCCUUUUUCUUUUACCUCUUUUACCUCUUUCUUAUUUAGACUUACUGUCCUUUAAGCCUUUGAUUUACUUAUAAUCUUUUCUUAUUUUAUCUCUCAGGUCCUUCAUUGAUUUUAAUGUUUUUUAUUUUCCUUUAUUUUAUUUUUUAUAUAUAUAUAUUUUUUUUAUUCCACUUUAUCAUUUAUAUUACCAUCAUUAUCAUUUUAUUAUAAUUUUAUUAUUAUUAUUAAUAUCCUCUUUUAUACUUACUAGCCUGUUUCCUGCCCUCCUUUUCUAUUUCAUUUUAUGUUUUUACUUUGGUCCUCAUGGUCCCAUUUAUUUUGUAGGGUUCCUGUAUUGCCUGGGUUUCUUACAAAAAGUGAAACAGGCCUACAAUUCAGAGGCCUGUUUUUGAGCUUUUGUUUUUAUGUGUUUUUAUUUUCAUGUGCUGAUGUUCUGUGCUUGCAACUGUUGUCUAAGCACUUUGUAAACUUCUGUUUUUAAAGGUGCUAUAUAAAUAAAAUUAUUAUUAUUAUUAUUAUUACUAUUUUAAUAUAUAUUUCUCAAACAAGAAGAUACUUAAUCUUUUGGCACAUAAGCACCACAUGAUCAUAAGUAUCAUAAAGAUUUUAUUACGACUUUAUUCUCGUAAGUUAACGACUUUAAUCUUGGAGUCUUAGUUUUUUUUUCCUAAUGUGGCCCUAAUGCUCCUUUGAUCUUAUGUCUGUGUCGUCAACAUUUAAAAAUUUUUUGAGCGGUCCGCUCUUUGUGACUGUAAACAAAGCCGUUCUCUGCCUCCAUGACCUGAUUGGUUGUGAGGCAGACGCUGCUCCCCCGUGUCGUUCAGGAGCCCAAACAAAGUUAGCGUGCUACAAUAUCGGACAGUAGAAACCAACCAGAAAGUUCGGAAAAUUGUCUGAAUCCUCCUUUGGCCACGACUGCCGACACAAGCAAGAAAAGACUCAAACAUAAACAGUCAGCAAGAAAACAGUCAACAAGAAAACAGUCAGCAAAUAACAAUCAACACCAAACCGGUAAACAGGAAAAUGGUCAACACCAAAACAGUCAACAAAAAUCAGUCAACAAAAAACAGUCAACAAGAAAACAGUCAGCAAGAAAACACUGCUCCCCCGUGUCGUUCAGGAGCCCAAACAAAGUUAGCGUGCUACAAUAUCGGACAGUAGAAACCAACCAGAAAGUUCGGAAAACUGUCUGAAUCCUCCUUUGGCCACGACUGCCGACACAAGCAAGAAAACAAAGUAAAUCCCGGAGACUCUGGAGGAAUAACGGGCGCUUAAAACGGAGGUAGACCGGACAAGAGCUAAAAAGCCGGGUCAACAUAAACGAUGGGGGACGCUUGGGGAUCUUGGUGACCCUGUAACCUUUCUGCUGGACAGGUAAACCGCUUUAACAAAGUAAGACAAGUGUCUGUAACAGAAGUGUUUCUUGUCAAACGGACCUGCUGUAGCGUGUUGUAGCGCCAUCGCUAAACUGUCCUCCCUCGGGUCCUGGACUAUGUCACUUUAUCCUCGUUGUAGAAGUCCUGCAAACAUUUUGACUUUCAAGUUGACUGGGCCUCGUUUGUAAUGACUUAUCUGCAUUAUAUCUGAAUUUAAUUGAAACGAUACGAGCGAGCAGGAGAGUCUGUUUGUGGGCGGGGCUAAGGGGAAAACUGACACUUCCUCAGAUCCUGCCUACCCCACCUUUUAGAUCGAGUCUUUUAUGAAGUUUUAAAACGUUGAGCUUCAGUUUCAUGUGUUACAUUUUAAUCUGCCCCCCCAGGAGUCGGAGUCGACUCAAAGGUUCCUCAUUCUGAGGGGAUCUGUGGAUUUCCUCUGGUGUUACAACAGAUCAACAAGAUCCUGAAUCACUCGGUCUCUAAUAAAGGUUCUGUCAAAGCCGGUGAGUCUGAACUCUUUCCUCGUCGUCUCUGUCCGUCUUAACUCAAAGUUUGUGAAGCGAUCUUCUCACACCAGGUCUUCUCUCGUCCACAGAAGCUGUCGUUGAAGACCAAGUAUUCGCCAGUCCCUUCGGUUGCUGCGUCCAGGACGUCCUCCUCUGCUGUCACCCGUCUCUGACCGAAGAGUGCAUCGCUGCUCGGCUCGGUCUCGCUCAGCGUUUGGAGACGACUCUGAGCAUCCUGAGCGGCGCCACAGACGGAGCAGGUUUGAACAGAAACUGAAGCUGCUUAGAUGUUCUGAACCGGAUCAGCAGGAGGUUUUAGUGCCUUCAGCUGGACUUUAAAGGAUUGUUCAGGAUGUGUGUCUCUCCUCCCACAGAGGGCAGAGUGGGCAGCGCUCUCCUGGCUCUGCUGGGCGAACAGGCCAGUCUGAAACCGGCCGAGCUGGACUCUCACCCUGUGCGCUCCAGUAUGAAGCAGCUGCUCCGCUCUCUGGACCAGCUCUGCCCCUUUGAGCCCGACGGAGACCUCGCCAGACCAGAUUACGUGCGCAGUUUCUUGGACUACAUCAACACGCUGGCGUCUGUGCUGGUGCGGAGUCUGAGCUCAGAAGGUGAGAGACAGAAACAUCGUCUUUGAAACUCUCCUCAUCCCUCUAAAUUCAUCCUCAGAAGUUCGUAAAUGUCCAUUUUUAUCUUCUUCUUCUCUGGUUCCUCUCAGACCAGAACAGCGAGGUCAAACUCGGGAACCCUCUGCUGGUGUUGCUCCAGUCCCCGUUUCAGCUUCUGUCCCACCUGCUCUUUGACAGACAGGUGGCUCCGGACAGGUAUGCAUGAAGACUCCUGUCCAGACUGACCAAUCAGAGACACAGUUGACUUUUCGGGGUUUCCAGAUGCAGGGAUUUUGUGUUUUUCCUCGUGGUUAACAGUCUCGUUCUUGUCCUCCUUUAGGGUCCUGUCUUUGCUGUAUUUGUCCUCCUCUCAGGGUCCUGUCUUUGCUGUUCUUGUCUUCCUUUAGGGUCCUGUCUUUGCUGCAGCAGGAGGGUCUGCGUCUGAGCGUCCAGCAGGUGAUCGUCCAGCGCUGCUGUGAGACUCUUCCUGUCUGGACGUCCUGUCCGGGCGACGACGGAGACGCCGGUCCGACUAAAACAGACGACGGCACGUUUGGAGUCUCCAGUCUGUCCGUCCUGCUCCAGCAGCACGCUCCGGAGCACAUGUCCACUCUGGGACUCGCAGAGUCUCACUCGGACGUGAGCUCCGAGUCUGAGACGUCUGCUGCGGAGGACAGCUCCGCCCUCUCCACCUCCCCCACCAACCUCUCCACCUCUCCACUGUCUCACUCGUCCUCCUCCUCAUCCUUGUCGUCUUCCUCGAACUCCUUCCUCCUCACACCAUCAGCUCUGUCCUUCCUGAAGUCUCGCUCCCCGUUACUCGCCACGCUCGCCUGUCUGAGCGCGUGCAAAGGGGAAGCGGCCCGGACUCAGCCCUCGGGGUGGUCCGGUUAUUUCCGUAGCGGCCGUAAGGAGGCGGUUUUAGACGGGGAGCAGAUCUCUAAAGAAGCAGACCUCCUCCUGAAAGACUUCCCAAUCCUGCGUGCGUACCUCCACGCCAUGGCGGAACCGGUGCUGGGCUCUCUGGGCGGCGAGGGGGAGGAGGGGUUAGGGGCGGUGGUUUGUGGGAAACCUCUGGUCAGUCUCCUGCUGUCUGGACCUCAAGCAGAAGUGUCUCAGGCUGUGGCGGCUGAAGCCUUCCAGAAAUCUCUGUCCUCCAAAGACCUGUGCCGGGCCCUCAGUCUGCUGGAGCUGUACGGGCAGGGCUGCAGCCAGGAGGGGGCGCUCAGGGACCGCCUGCUGGCCUGCGCCGCCCUAGAAGGUAAGAAUAAAGAGAUUCGGUUUAAUCUGAAUCUGACUCGCUGUGGUUUUGAGUUUUUUGUUGUUUCUCGACCUUCAGACGGAGACAACGGUAUCGGUCAGCUCUUCAGAGUCCAGGACGCUAACCUGCGAGGCCGCGUCGCUCUCCAGGCUCUGGAGCGCUGGCCUCUGUCUUCCUGUCUGGAGCUGCUGGAGUUCUGUCUGAAUGACCCGGACACGGAGAGCUCACUGAGGACGGAGCUGGAGAUGAAGAAGAAGGAGCUGGACAUCUACCACUGGGUAAGAUCCGAGUUUCCUCUGAUCUGAGAGGAAACGAAAGGAAAAAAGUCUUAAAAUGAACUUGAACUCCAUUUGAACACUUAGAUAUUUAAAUAAAGGAGCAUGACUUUAGUUUUCCUGAGGAACUCUUUCUCUCCUCUCUUUGUCUGAUUUUCCUCUCUGACUAAACGGCGUUUGUCUUUCCUCCUCACAGAUGCUGACUCUGCAGCCUCCGUUGCCCUGGGUUACCUGGCAGGAGCUGAGGACCGAGUCAAAGACAAACUCCGAGUCCUUGUUGUUGAAGAUGAUGGAGGCUAAAGUUUGUACACCUCACUUACAGACAAUAAACCGUUUUUAUUUUAAUUCAUCGGUUUGAUGUUGACGACGUUGUUCCCCGCAGGAGUUUGACCUCUGCGCUCGCUGGGUCGACCUCUAUCCCGUUUCUGAGCAGCUGAGGCUGCAGCUGCAGACCGAGCAUCUGCUUCACCUGCUGGAGAAAGGACAGAUGGACGAGGCUUUCCAGGUACAGAGGGACUCAACAUGUGGUCCAGACUAAAACCAAUCUAGAUCUUUUUAUAGUGAUGAGUCGUCUGGGUCCUGGAGUCUUCCUGCUGGAUUUAUAUGAUCCAGAUCUGCAGAUUUGGGCUCAGGACCAGAUUAGACACGUCUCUUUACUGAUUCAACUCUAGUGCAAUAUUAGAAAUGUAAAUACCUCUAUGUUUUCUGCACAUUUCUUUUCUCUCCUGUUGCAGAUUUUCGUCCCCGUGUUCACGUCUCUUUUACCAAAUAAACACAUGAAUAUAUAAACUCUUGUUUCAGUUGCUGGAGGCCGUCUCAGAUUUCGCCGUCGGCCUGGACGUCUGUGAACGAGCUCUAGAUCGCCGCCCCGGAUUGGCAGCGUGUCACUUCCUGGCUGAUUACCUCACUCUGCAUUUCCAGAGGCAGGUUUCUCCGGCACGCCGACGGCACAUCCACGCCCUCCACCUGGGCUCCAAGGUUUGUAUGUAGUCCAGGAAAUGCGCACUGGUCUGAGUUCGAGUUUCAGACCGUUUUCAAACUCGUGUUUCUUCUCCUUCAGGUGUUGCUGACUCUUCCUCCUGCGGCGCGGCAGGAUUACUUCCCUCUACUGUCUGAGCCGCUGCUGAUGCUGGAGCAGCUGCUGAUGAACCUGAAGGUGGACUGGGCGGACAUGGCGGUGCGAACCCUGCGGAGCCUCCUGAUUGGUCAGGAGGCCGGUUUUGGUGCGGAGGACAUCGAUAAGCUCCUGUCAGAUUACGCCUGUAAGGCUCUGGACUUCUCCUGCGCCCCGCGGAGGUGGUCUCGAUCCGGUCAGUGAAUGUUCAUGUGACGUCAGGCAGAAUUUCAGAAUAAAAGCAUACAGGCUUUUACUUUGAAGCACAGUUGUAGAUUGACACAUGGCUGCUUGUUUUGCAGACUCUCUCGGCGGUCUCCAGGACGCUCUGCUGCAGUGUCCCGCUCAGGAGAACUCCGCUUUAUUCUCUCAGAUCGAAUCUCCGACAGCAUCUUCAGGUGAGACUCAAACCGAGGUCCUCCAGGCGACGGCGCCGCUCUGAAUCCUUCACAUGUUUCUGAAAGUUUAAUGAAACUUUGACUCUUCGUGACUCUCGUGUUCAGGCAGCACGCCAUCACACACGCCCUCCAACACCAGCGCGGACAGGGACAGGGACCGCGUCUCUGCAGGGAGGAAACAACGAUCGUCCGCCAAGUUCCAGCCUCCUGAACAACCUCCAGCCCGCAAAGACUGGGUCCCGGACACGCAGCAGCACGUGUGCAUGGUCUGUCUGCACGAGAGGUUCACCAUGGUGAGUGUGAGAGUGAGAAGAGAUCAGGACGUCUCAGAGAAACCGUCCGACUGAGUGUCUGUGUUUUUCUCGCAGUUCAACAGACGCCAUCAUUGUCGGCGCUGUGGUCGCCUGGUUUGUCAGGCGUGUUCGGAGCACAAGAUGCCCGUCGAGGGAUGUCCUGGAGAGGAAGUCCGAGUCUGUGACCAGUGUUACGCCUUCUUCCACCCCGAGUACGAGUCUGGAGCGGGUUUUGUUUUAACGUUUACUCGAUAGAGAAGAUUUAUGAGGAGGCCGUGUCUCUAAAAAGUGAAAAUCCAGUUUAAUUUGGGUGUUGAAUAAAAAUCUCUCCUCUUUGAAAACCAACAGGAAGUCUUUGAGUAACCGUGUCUGUAACUUUAACACUUAAAGUAAAUGUUUCUGUUUCCCUUUUACAGCUCUGAUGAUGAACUGGAACCAGCUGAAGGUAAAUUUAGGAGGAAGUUUUUCAGUUUUAGUGGAUAAAAAAAAGACUUCUUCUCCUCCUUCUUCUUCUUCUCCUCCUCCUCCUCCUCCUCCUUCUUCUUCUCCUCCUUCUUCUUCUUCUCCUCCUCCUCCUCCUCCUCCUCCUUCUUCUUCUCCUCCUCCUACUUCUUCUCCUCCUUCUUCUUCUCCUCCUUCUUCUUCUCCUCCUCCUACUUCUUCUCCUCCUCCUUCUUCUUCUCCUUCUUCUUCUUCUUCUUCUUCUUCUUCUCCUCCUCCUCCUUCUUCUUCUCCUUCUUCUCCUUCUUCUCCUCCUUCUUCUUCUCCUUCUUCUCCUUCUUCUUCUUCUUCUUCUUCUUCUUCUUCUUCUUCUUCUCCUCCUCCUUCUUCUUCUUCUUCUCCUCCUCCUCCUCCUCCUCCUUCUUCUUCUUCUACUUCUCCUCCUCCUCCUCCUCCUCCUCCUCCUCCUCCUCCUUCUUCUUCUUCUUCUUCUUCUCCUCCUCCUCCUUCUUCUUCUACCCCUUCUCCUCCUUCUCCUCCUCCUCCUCCUCCUCCUUCUUCUUUCCUCUUCUUCUCCUCCUCCUUCUUCUUUCCUCUUCUUCUUCUUCUUCUCCUCCUUCUCCUCCUCCUCCUCCUCCUCCUCCUCCUCCUCCUCCUCCUCCUCCUCCUGUAGUUCAGGUUUUUCACGCAGCCUUCUCUCUCUCUCCUUUCGUUGCUCAGUCGCUGGAAGUCCUGCGGUCAGCGAGGACGCUCUGGACGGGAUGUUUCAUCUCCCUGAAGUGGUUCAACAGAAGAUCACACUCAGCACAAACUCUGCAGAGAACCAGCUGCUGCGGGGCGAGUUCUACUACGAGCAGGUGCGACUCUUAAUCAUGCACGGACAAGUUUUUCUGAUUUUCCAACCCUGGUUCCUCCGCCAUGUUAACUUGUUCAUCUUGACCCCUCCAGGCUCCCAGUGCGUACCUGUGCGUGGCCGUCUUAUCUCUGCACAGCGACCAGAAAGCCUGCGGUCAUCAGCUCAUCGGCCACUGCCGCGCUCUGUCCCGUAAACUCACCAACCCCGAGGUGGACGCCUGCCUCCUCACCGACAUCAUGCGGCAGCUGCUCUUCAGCGCCAAACUGAUGUUCGUCAAAGUGGGUCGCAAUCAGGACCUCGCCCUGUGUGACAGGUGAGACGUGUGUAACAUGUCUGUAGAGGACGCCACGUGAAUCACGUUGAACUCUAACAGUCUUCUUCUUCUUCUUCUUCUGUCUGGUGUCUCUGUGUUUCCAGUUACAUCAGUAAAGUCGACGUGCUGAAAAUCCUGGUGACGGCCAACUACAAGUACAUUCCCUCUCUGGACGACAUCCUGGAGACUCCUGCUGUCACGCGUCUCCGAAAUCAGCUGUUGGAGGCCGAGUAUUACCAGCUGGCAGUGGAGGUGAGACAAAAAAACCUACAAGCCUCUAAAACCUUCAAAUCAAGACUGUACAGUACAACACUGUUUGUCUGUGUCCCUGCUGUCCCAGGUGUCCACAAAGAGCGGUCUGGACCCCGGCGCCGUGUGGCAGGCGUGGGGACAGGCGUCUCUGAAAUUCGGGAACCUCUCAGGAGCUCGAGAGAAGUUCGCUCGCUGCCUGAAGGCCCCGGUGGACCGAAACCAGCUCAACCUGGGUCCUUUACUGCUGCAGGAGAUCAUCCAGCACCUGGAGAACGUGCAUCCCACUCUGACCACGGUAACGCGACUACUGCACACACGUCACAUGACAUUACACGGUGGCGUCGCAUGAGCAGAAGAGGCUCAGCGUUCACAUCUUUAAUACAUCAGUACACAGACGUGAAUGUUUUGAUGCAGCCUUUUCUUCUCAUCGCUGACUGGACUCAGAGUCAGUUUUACGGGUCAGCUGAUCGCACGCUCUCCUCUUUAUGUACAGACAUCAAACAUUAAACACAACAAUGGUACACACAUUAAAUAUUUAACUAACAUAAACACGAGUCUGUGUGACUGUCUCCACACACCAAGCAUGAUAAAUAAAAUCAUUCGUGUGAUUGAAUUACAUGUUAAUUCAACGCAAAGACGCGAUCAGACGCUCCUUCUACUCUGGCCGUGUGAAUGACGCGAUUAGGCGGGAGUUUACAAGCGCGAGCUUGAUUCAAAGAGAUAGUGAGGGCUUUACAAGAGAAGAGAGAGAGAGGGAGGGGGAGGGGGAGGGAGGUGUUAUUAAGCGCGUGGAUUUUGGAACUGGAUUGACGCCAUAGGAGCUGAAAAUGUCUCAUCUAUUCACGUCGUAACCUUUUCUUUCAAUUACAGAAACUGGAAUAAAAAGGUUCUCGCCUGAAUGAGGAGGUCAGAUUACCUGGUAAAUUGUAAAAAAAAACAAAAAACUUUGUCUAUCACUUGAUCCCGCCGAUUAAAUUGGCAGGGAUAACUGUUGAAAUCACCGUUGACGCGCAAAUGAAGCGAGUAAAUACUGUUCAUUCACGUGUCUUGAUUUGGCCGAAUUAAGCGAGUGGAUGAUUUUACGCUGCUCGGUGUUAACGCCCCUUAACGUCAUCUGCCGACCCUCAUACUUCAUCAGUUGUCGCGACACGAAUAUCUGCUCAAAUUUAGACACUUUCUGCUCACUCCCAAUUCUCGUCAUUCGCGCCGCCUCAGAGUAGUAGAAGUAAUAGUUUAAUCACGUCUUUGCAUUGCCUUAAUUCAUUUGCUUAAAUGCAGCACUACUCUCGCUUGGAGUGAGCACCUCAUAAGAGCGCAUAAAUCCCUGAUUUAUAAAGUACGAACAAUCAAUCAGCAGUUUUCAUGGAGACCUUUCAGAGGAUGAUGAUGAUGAAGAAGAAGAGAGGAUGAUAUAAACAACGACAGAUGGAAAAGAUUUUUAUUAAGUUUUUAUUAAUUUGUAAAAAGUCUCUUAGUUUCUUUCUCCAAAAGUGAAAAUUAAAACGGCUCAUUUUUCAGUUUGUUGUUGUAGUACUCACUUUGGCCACAAGAGGCAGAGUUGCACCACUAACAGCCCGGACAGCCUCAUGUUUUCUGACCCUGGUGUGUUGUUGUUUCAGAGGUUGUUUCACGGUGGACCUCAUCCUGAUGUGUCAGCAAACAUUUCAAACCCGUGACCCUGACCCCACAUCUUUAUAAUCGCAGACCCUGAAGGACUCAUCAGUCCGUAUUUCUGUAUUAAAACCUGUUGAAUGAAGCCCCUCCCCCUCUCUCUUAUAUCACUCUGUAUUGUCCGGGGUAAUUAUAGCCGUACAGCAGACUUCAAGUUCACUCUCUGCACCCGGGUGAGGACAGAAUGUCUCCCCCCUUUAGCUCCGGUUCAUGACACCUCUGGAAUCUCCCGUGCAUUGUUGUGUGUCGGGGGUGUGAGGCGCUCGUGUGGUUUCUAUUGGCGAGCAUUAAUGGGAGUUUCCUUACGGGGAGAGCUUUGUUUACAACAUGUGGAAGUGGCUCAGGGUCACUUUACAGUCACCUUACAGAUAAGAGCGCCGUUAUCGGUCAGUCACCUCUGCGCUGAAUCAUGUUCGGAUAAUUCCCGAUUUAUGACUCCGAUUAUCUCAGUGAUUGAAUUAAAAUAGAGUCUUAAUUAUGUGGGUUAAAGCUCCAUGAGGCCUGACUUUAUAAGUCACCCUGAUCCAUCAGGCUGGGUCGUCUGAUAAUUUAAGGUCAAAGGGACGAAGACGAGACAAAGUCAUCCUGAAAAACAAACAAAACCGAGACCAGAAUGAUGGUUUUUAUUGAGUUUUAAAGGCCUGAAACAAAGGGGGUACCUGUCUGUGACCAUGUCCUCUGUCUGUGUGUGUCUGUGUGUGUCUGUGUGUGUGUGUGUCAGCCUUUCAGUGAGGACAUCUUGGCGUCUCUGUGGGAGCUGGAUGACACCCUGUAUGAGGCAGGUCCUCUGGAUCGACCGGAGACCCCGACUCAGAGCGUCCACCUCCACCAGGAGUGUCUGCACUACCUGAACUCGUACGGCACCCACCUGGCGCUGAUCAGCUACUACAUGCGCAAAGACUGCAUGACCGAGGCUCUGACGUACCUGCUGGACAAGGUGAGGACAGAAAAUGGUGCAUUAAAGGACUCCGGUGAACGUCCGAAAAGAGGAAUCUCAGUUUUUUCUGCAGUAAUUUUUAAAUUAGAUGAUCAAACAUCUCGAUUUAGGAUCUGAUUAGAAAUCUCAGGGCUCCUAAACCGACCCGGGCCUCUUUCUUUCAGACCCGCUUCUCUGUAUUUGAGUAAAUGUUGCAGCUGAGUCUCUGUUUGGGUCUAAGAAAGACGAUCAAACCGCCUUAAAGGUUUAAAACAGCAGCUGCACCUUCUCUUAAGUCUUAAACUUGAUCAGAGAGCGGCAUGUCCAGCAGGUGUUUCACUCUCCUGAUGUUUGACGCGUGUUUCUCUCUCUGAUCCUGGUCCAGGACUGUCCAGAUGAGGUCUUUCUUGAAGGCGUGUUGCAGCCCAGUCUUCAGCGCGGGAACCUCGGCGCGCUGCAGGGGAUCCUGGAAAAACUCGACCCCACUCUGGAAACCUGCAGCCGCUACCUCAUCGCUUCCUGCCAGUUCCUGCAGCGGCGAGGACGCUUCAACACGCUCUAUCAGAUCCAGCAGUUCAUGAUGGUCAGAUCUCGUCUCCGUGUCAAAGUCAGACUGUCGCUGAGAUUAUAAUCUGAUCAGAUUAUCUCAUAUUUCUUUCAGGAUCAUGUCAGAGCCGCCAUGACCUGCAUCCGCUUCUUCACACACGGCGCCGGUUCGUAUCUUCAGCUCGGCGAACAGCAGGUACGUCUCUCUCUGUUAGCUGAAGUGACCUUUGACCUGUCAGAGGUCACAUGUUGACCGUUCUGUCGACUCUGCGCAGCGCUGGUUAGUCCGAGCCAAAGAGCACCUGAGGACGUACCUGCAGGAGCAGCAGGGGCGGGGCUCCGGGAGGAGGAGGUCGCAGGUCAACUCCUUCAGGAAGAUGAUGUCAUCCAGUGACGUGUCCAGGUGAGCGAACGCCGCCUCGAACCCUCACGAGUCUGUUCUGGUUUCUCUCUUUAAAGCUCAGACCCCUCCUGCUGUUUCUCAUCAGACACAUGAACACCAUCGAGCUCCAGCUGGAGGUGACGCGGUUCCUCCACCGCUGUGAGACCGCCGGUUCCUCCAAGACUCAACAGAACAGCACGCCAACCAGCAAGACCCCUGGAUCCAGCUCGCCACCGACACUGUUCGAAGGAAACCCCGUCAAAGUGGAGGUGGCCUGCAAGGUUCGAGGGGUCUCAGAUUAAAUUUCAGAUUAAAUUACAGACAUGAGGUGAUCGUCGUUUCAGUCAUGAUCUGGUUUGUAUCUUUGCAGGUGAUGCUGGGAGGUAAAAACAUAGAGGAGGGGUUUGGUAUCGCGUACAGAGUCAUACAGGUAAGAGGAGAUGUUGACACUCGCUGACUUUGAACAAAAACUUGAAACCACGACACGUGAAAGCUAUUAAAAUUUGUUCCCAGGACUUCCAGUUGGAGGCUCAGGCCGUGUACGUGCGAGCCGGUCAGAGGCUCGUCCGGCACAAACAGUUCGGCGCCGUACGGCAGCUCCUCAAAUGUGUCGGCGAAUCGGGCACGGCGACGAAAAACGACUGCGACGCCCUCAUCCUCAGCUGUGUGUCUGUGGCCGAUAAAGGACCUGCUGAUGUGAGUGAAAAACACUUUUAUUUAGAGAUGUGAGGAUAAAGAUGAUCACCUGAUCGCUGCCUCCAUGUUUUCAUGUUGUCUCUGCUUCAGGCCAAGGAGGUGGAGAGCCUCAUCCUGGAGACCAAAAGCACAGAGACCAAGGUACUGAGAAAACUGCAGGAUGAGGCGAUCAUGUCGUUUUAUUGAUCUGAAAAUGACCAGAAAUAAUAAAAAUAAUCAACUUUUUUAAUCUUAAUUUUAUUUAUUUAUUUUUUAAAAUUAUUUUUUAAAAUUUAAUUGUGCAAUACGGCAUUACAGUGACAAUGCAAGACAGACAACAAACAACAGCAUUUGUGGUUUUGUGUGUGUGUGUGUGUGUGUGUGUGUGUGUGUGUGUGUGUGUGUGUGUGGCGUGUAUGAAUAAUAAUAGAAUAGAAUAGAAUAUUCCUUUAUUGAUCCCCCAUGGGGGAAAUUUUUUUGUCACAGCAGCAUCACAGACAAGACAAAGAGUGCAAAAAUGCAGUUAUAACAAUAAGGAUCCUAAUAUUAAGAACUUAAAUAAAUGUAAUAAUUAAGAAAAAAAUUAGAAAAAGGAAAAAGGGAGAAGAAAAAAAAACAAAAAAAAAAACAUUUUAAUGAUAAAAAAUAUUACAAUUGUCAGACAAGCAAAUGGAAAUUAUAAUAAAAGAAUAAUAUCAAUAAUAAUGAUAAGAACAACAACAUUCAAUAUUAAUAAUUAAUUAACAAACUUUUUAAUCUUUAAACCUUUUCCGUAAAUCCUCCUGGUUUAACCCUGUUGUGUUUUUAUCUGCACGUCUUCAGAGGCUGUCAGAGAAAAUAAAAGACAAUAAAAACUGUUCUUCAGGGGGAACACGUGAAGAUGAAACUGCUGAAGGAAGACAAAGACAUUCUGCACUUAUUGAUUGAUUUAUUUAGGAGUUUGGAUAAUCACCUUAUUGUUAAAAUUAGAAAGCGGAAACAUGAACUCUGUGAAGGUGUUUCUGUAAAAUCAGACUAAUCGAUGGUCUGUCUCUCGUCACACCUGCAGAUUAAGGCCUACCUGCUGUGCAGCAAACUCCGCCCUGCGUACCUCCUGGCGGUAAAGCUCGAGUCGAGCAGAGCGCGCCCGCUGGUCCAGGAGGUCCUUCAGGCGGCGGAGAGCGCCCAGGACUCUGUGAUGCAGAACAUCUGUCACCAGUGGCUGUCCGAACACCAAACCAAGACGUCCCAGCAGCGACAGGGCCGACCCAGCGCCAGGUAGAGGUACGAUCAGCCGGCUCGACAAGGGAUACGACAAACACUGCACUUCAACACAGACGAGGCCCGGUCAGAGGGUCCUGGUUCUCUGAGGGGACUCUGUAAGGGGGUCACAGAUUACUCUAAUGUGGGUCAGAACCGUGUCUCUCUCUCUCUCUGUGUGCUCGUGUGUGUGUGCGACCUUCCUCUCUGUAAAACUGAUGAAUCACCGCCGUGCUUUAGUUCCACUCUGGAAAUGUUCUGCUGUUAUCUCUCUGCUGUACAGCGUGUUACUGAAAGGAGCCACAACAACAACCAUUACACAACAAAAACCCCAGACUACGAGGCCAGCAGAGUCCGUAUGAGCAGAUCUGAGACUGAUCUCCUACCUCAACCUAAAGGGAAAAACAUCUUCAAACUGACUGAAACUUCUCGGUUUUACUUUAACGCCAUUUUCGUCCGUGCGUGUGUGUUUGGACGCUGAUCCCUGAAGAAAUCCUGUUUUUAUGAUCCUAGAGAAGCUGAUGGUUUUCGUCCGGCACAUUUAACAAAACCAGGAUUUCAGAUAUUUUUAAGAGCACUGACUUUUGUGAGAAACUUGAGGUUGGAUACAGAAAGGGACCCUCUUAAAGAUCAGGUUCUGGAUCAGGAUUUUGCUGAAAAAAAACAAACCCGCUCAGUCUCAGUUUCAUCUCAGUUUAUGGCUCGUUUCAUACCUCACCUUGUGGCUCAAUCGUCUUUAAAGGGUUAUUCUGUGAUUUUUAAACUGUGUCUAUCGUGAGCGCUCACUGUUGUCGCCACAUCUGCUUUGAGACCAUUAGAGGUUCUCUGAGGAACCACCAGACUCCACUGCAGCUUCAUCAUGCAGGAGGAGGGACCUGCUGAUCUAACUCUGUGUUUAUUGGUCCUAUCUUUUCUUGUUGUGUGCCUACGGUGCGUUAAAUAUAAGUGCAACUUAAACCUGUAUUUAUAACCUGAAGUCGGAUCUGUCGAGGCGGCUGUAGCUCUUCUUCUCUGCUUCAUGAACCUGCAGUUUCUCUCAUAGCAUGAAAGUCGAGGUGUAAAAAUGACAGAAUAGUCCUUUAACUCCUGAGUCACACGUGUGAGAACUAAACCUACAGUGUUUAAAAAAGGGACGUCACUUUUUGUACUUGUGUUAACCACUUUGUUACCAUAGAAACAUCUUUUUCUUCAUUUACACGACAAUCACUGACGUUGCUGAAGCUGCCUUUGGAUUUUACUACAGUGUGUUUUUUCUGAGUAACUCUGACCGGUCCUCUUCAGAGGAACUCCUGUUUUCACUCUGCUUCCCUCUGCUGCUCCGGGGUGAAGACUGGGACUGACAAACCUUCCUGUGAACGAAGUACUGACGGACAAAGACGAGAAGAAAACUCUCGAGAUGCACACGGACGACAUUCUUGCACUCUGAUUCUGGACUUUUGUCUCUUCACUGCCGCACUUUAUACUCGUGAGUUCAAAGAAAAAAAGUUUCUUUUGGUAAAAAAAAAAUAAUGUAACUCAGUUACGACUUUGUUAAUGCAGAGACUAAUGAUUUUAAAAUGUAACUGAAUCCUCCAUCACGUGUAAAAUAACAUGAACGUAUAAAAGAAUACAAUUCACAAAAAUAAUGACUUAUUGUGCUUCAUUUUCCUCGUUUAUUAAAAGGUUUUUGUACAGAAGACGAAAACGGCCAGGGAUUUUUUUUUUUUUAAUGCACCGUUAUCUCAUGAUAACGACUUAUCUCGUUAUCAUGAGAUAACAAACCUCCCUCCUGGAUCAGCUUUUUUGUUGGUUUUCACGUUGAAAGAUGGUUUUGACUGGCUGGUUGCAGACUAAAUAAGAGGGGAUCCAAGAUAGACCCCUGGGGGACGCCACUUCAGAGAGGGAGCAUUUCAAAGUGAUCGCUCCACAGACAUUUUAGGGUCACUUUAUCUUCUCUAGAAACAAAUGAACGGUACAGAAGACGAGAACGGCCAUGGAUUUUUUUAUGCUCUAUAAUCUUGUGAUAACCAUUUACUAUCUCGAUAUAUCAAAUUUCCUUUUCUCCUGAUAACUGAAACAACGUUUUAGCCAACCUCAAAUGGUCACUUUUAAAAAUGCCCUCAAAAUUAGGAUAUUUCUGAACAAUGCAGCCACAUUUGUCAACAGCAAGCCCGGGUUUUAAAUGAAAACACUUUUGGUACACUCCACUUUGCGCAUGCGCAUUACACUUUUUACGAUUUGCGCAUGGCGGUUUAAUUUUCCCACUUUUAAUGUGCAUGCACAAAAUGGAGCGUGUCAUCAGCAUUUUCAUUGAAAACCCUGACUUGCUGUUGACAAUGUGGCAUUUCCGAAAUUUCCCAAUCUGGGGGACAAUUUUAAAAGUUAGCGUUGAGGUCGGCUAAAACGCAGUCUUUGCUAUCACCAGAAAAAAAAAAAACUUUGUUAUAUUG